GCUGCCUACCACGUCGUGUUGCAACAAGCCUGCGAUGUGAAACUCGCGCAACGCGUGGGAACAGUUGAAACUAAAGGUGCUCCCAAGAAAAGUCUUUAAAAUGUCUCAGGCCGGCAGUGGAACAGGCAGGCGAGCUGAGAGGAGCAGCGGGCGGAAACCGGAGUGCAGGCCCGUGGACGGACAUGGAGAAGACGGAGAGAGAGCGAAGCAGCGAGGGACGGGACCCCGGCUCCGGAGACGGGAAGGCAGGAAGAGCCUCAAAUGUUCCCAGGAGAAAGAACAAAACUUCAUGGAAAAGACCGCGCACGGUCAAGGAACUGCUUCAGUGUCGUCGGGAUAGGAAGCAGAGCCUGCAGCCAGGCGACCUUGAUGAGCUGGAGAUGGUGAACGAUGUGAUCUCCAAUGACCUGACCUCAGACCGCUUCCCAACAGACACUGCUUCCCAGGCUUCGGUCAGACGCUUUGGAUUCCCAGAUGGAGACGCCCACUUGGCAGUACCUUCCGACCCAUCCAGUUUGCCCAUACGUCUGGCCUCAAGAAACCAGAAUGAGGGGCACCUGAGGAGCCAUGUCCCCUCCAACGUCGACGCCCACGACAGCUCUUCCCGCUGGGACAGUGACUCGGGUGCCAGGGAGACCUCUGCCGACCUACCUGCCCUCCCAGGUUUUAUCUCGGGCUCUUGGCAGCUGUUGGAUUUCACGCUUAGGGCACCAUCGGAAUGGGAGGCCUCUCCCACUCCCUCCAGGACAGGUGCAGGGCACCUGGUGAAGCUGUUCCCAUCUGACCUCCAUGCAGGCAAGAGUUCAGGGGCUGGGACGACAUCUGCCAAGCUGUCCAAUCUCCCGUCCCAGCUGGAGUCCUUCACUGGACAGGAUCCGACGUUCCUGCAGCAGCUCGGUACGGUGAAGGAGAACGUGUGGCGGCUAAGUCCUCAACAGAUGCAAACACACGACUCCAACCGAAGAACGCUUCUGCACCGAGCCGUCCUCCUCCGCAACCGAACCCUGGUCUACGUGCUUGCAAAGAGGAUGUCGGAGAUGGGAUCUCUCGACGCUCAGGAUGUCAGCGGGAAGACUGCUCUGCACUUUGCCGUGGAACGGAACGAGCCCCUCAUCGUCCUUGACCUGCUCAGCCUCGGGGCCAGCCUCUGCAUUCAGGAUCACUUUGGCAAGACUCCGCUGCACAUCUGCGCUGAGGACUGCCUCAGUUCUGUGCUGCAGGCAAUCCAACUGAUGGGAUUGGGUGGAGCAUUAAUUGCACAGAAUACAGAGGAUAAUAACGGAUGCACCCCCAUGCACUACGCAGUGGAAAACCUAUCUUAUCCCGAUCAGAUCCCUGAGCUGUGGUUUUGGAGGGAAGAGGCAUACAAUGUCAUCAGCAGUCUAAUCCGGCUGGGGGCAUCUGACCACCUACAGGGACCUGGCCAUGAGGCAGCCAUGGGCGGAAGACAGAGGACAGAACCCCAUCUGAGCCCAGACGUCAGACGCACAGAAAGAUGCCAGACACCCGAGGAGAUUGCGUUGUACUGACCGAUGGCAUU